AUGACCUGCAUCACCCAUACCGAGUUCGACGGGAAAACUGAAGGGGUCACCGUGGCGGAAGCUUAUUCAGGCUCCAUCAAAGACCGGACCAUCCUCGUCACCGGCGUGAACAAACGCGGGAUCGGCUUCGGCAUCGUCCAGGCCUUCGCAUCCCAAUCGCCACGCCGGCUCAUCCUCGCAGGACGGUCGGCGUCAAAGGUGCAAGAGUGUAUCGACGAUCUGCGCUCGCAAUACCCAGACGUCGACAUCGACUACCGUCUCCUCCAAGUCGACCUCAGCGCCCAGGAAUCGGUCAGGAAGGCGGCGUCCGUGGUCCUCAGCUGGACCGAUGUUCCCACCAUCGACUUGGUCAUCAACAAUGCCGGCGUCAUGAACCUCCCUCAGAAGCUGCUCAGCCCGGAAGGAAUCGAAAUGCACCUCGCCACCAACCACAUCGGGCAUUUCCUCUUGACCAAUCUGAUCCUGCCGAAACUGAUCGCCGCGGCCAAGAAUUCGCCCCCUGGCUCGGUGCGUAUCAUCAAUGUGACCAGCCUCGCCGCGUAUCUGUCGGGUCUUCGUGCCAGCGACAUGAACUUCAACAAGGCAAGCUCGGAAAUCCCGGAAAAGGAAAGGCCGAAUGCGGCGUUUCUGCGUGGCGGUGGCCUAGAAGCCGACGAUCAUAUGAGCUACAUUCCCAUGGCGGCCUACGGACACAGCAAGGCCUGCAACAUCUUGUUUUCCGUCGGUCUAAACGAGAAACUCUACGAGAAAUAUGGAAUCUUGAGUCUCUCCUUGCAUCCUGGCGAAGUUCGAUCCGACCUCCACAGGACCACCGAUCUGGACUGGCUGGACAAGGCCACCAAGUCGAGGGAGUCGCAGGGUUUCUUUUGGAAGACCCCAACCCAGGCGGCGGCCACCGCACUGGUCGGCGCCCUGGAUCCCAACCUGGUCAGGCCUACAAGUGAUGGCCACGGCUACUUCCUGAACGAUUGCCGCAUUGGCAAGGCUCCUCCUCACGCUGUCGACGAGACAGAUGCCCACAAGUUGUGGGAGUUGAGCGAAGGGUUUGUUGGCGAGAGUUUUGCCUGGUGA